CAACUCGCUGGGAAUCAACGCUUACCUGUUUGUCCAGUUCUACAUGAACUUCCUUACUGAGAGAUGGUUCUACACACGGGUCCUUCUUGGGGAUGCCCUCUCCUGGGCCAGGGCUCCUGCAGCCUGCCUCAACUUUAACUGUAUGCUUAUUCUGCUGCCAGUCUGCCGGAACCUUCUGUCCUUUCUCCGCGGCUCCAUUCAGUGUUGCAGUCGCACAGCUGCUCGACAACUGGACAGAAACAUCACCUUUCACAAGCUGGUGGCUUACAUGAUAGCAUUUCACAGAGCGGUCCACAUCAUCGCCCACCUGUUUAACUUUGAGUGGUUCAUGGCCCAGCUGUACAGGAACAGCAGCUCUCUGCCCUUUGUGCUGUCCCAGAUUGGCAACGGAGACAAUGCCUCCUACCUAAACCCCAUCAGGACUGACCAGACCAACCCAACCAUAGUGAUGUUCACUACCAUCGCGGGGUUAACGGGCGUGGUCAUCACCUUGGCCCUCAUCCUCAUCAUUACAUCAUCCAUGGAGGUCAUCCGCAGGUCAUACUUCGAGGUUUUCUGGUACACCCAUCACCUCUUCAUCAUCUUCUUCAUCGGACUCGUCUUCCACGGCUUCGGGCGAAUUGUCCGAGGGCAGACCGCCACAAGUCUCCUGGAGAACAAGCCAUCGCAGUGUGCAGAUCAGUUUGAGUCAUGGGGAAAGAACGGGACCUUCUGCCCUAAGCCAGAGUUUGCUGGGAACCCUCCUAUGACAUGGAAGUGGGUGGUGGGGCCUAUGAUCUUGUAUGUGUGUGAGAGACUGGUCCGAUUCUACCGCUCCCAACAGAAGGUGGUCAUCACCAAGGUGGUGAUGCACCCGUCCAAGACCCUGGAGCUCCAGAUGAAGAGGAAGGGCUUCAGGAUGGAGGUCGGCCAGUACGUCUUUAUGCAGUGUCCCUGUGUCUCCCAGCUGGAGUGGCAUCCCUUCACCCUCACCUCCGCCCCCGAGGAGGAUCACUUCAGCGUCCACAUCCGUAUUGUGGGCGACUGGACCCAGGGCCUGUACGAGGCCUGCGGAGGGGACAAGAACGAGACCCAGGAGGCAUGGAAACUGCCCAAAAUGGCGAUAGAUGGCCCGUUUGGUACUGCCAGUGAGGACGUGUUCGGCUAUGAGGUGGUCAUGCUGGUGGGUGCUGGCAUUGGGGUCACCCCCUUCGCCUCCGUCCUCAAGUCAGUGUGGUACAAACACAUCCAGGAGAACCAGAACGUCUUUACCAAGAAGAUCUACUUCUAUUGGCUGUGUCCUGAGACCCAGGCGUUUGAGUGGUUUGCUGACCUGCUGCAGUCUCUGGAGGGACAGAUGACAGAGAAAGGCAUGGUGGACUUCCUCAGCUACAACAUCUACCUGACCCGCUGGAAAGAGACCGAGGCUGCUCACUUCAGAGUUCACCAUGAGGCAGAGAAUGACCCUAUCACAGGGCUGAAGCAGAAGACUCUGUAUGGGAAACCUAACUGGGACAAUGAGUUUACUGCUAUUGGGACAAAGCAUCCAGAGAAAAAAGUAGGAGUGUUCCUGUGCGGUCCCACCCAGCUGGCUGACGUCUUGGAGAAGCAGUGCCGGUCUCAUUCUGAGGCUGGUGUCAAGUUCAUCUUCAACAAGGAAAACUUCUGAGACCCCAACACCCCUCCAAGAGCACCAAUGAGGCAAUAGCAAUAUUCCUACUUUGUUAUCAAAGUUAGCUUUCAAUAUUGCUCAGACCCAGAGUAUCSUCUGUCUUGUAAGCUGUUUCACAUUCCUAAACUGUUCUGUUGUUAUCCCCAACAUAAACAAUCAAUGGUUUUUAAUAUGGA